AUGGGCAAGGAGAAGCUUCACAUCAACAUUGUGGUGAUCGGCCAUGUGGACUCAGGCAAGUCGACCACCACAGGCCACCUCAUCUACAAGUGUGGGGGCAUCGAUAAGAGGACCAUCGAGAAGUUUGAGAAGGAGGCCGCUGAGGUAUGGAGGUGGCCAGACACAAGUAGCUAAACGAAACCACUCUUUCUGGUGGGAAUGUAUAUAAGGUCUAUCCUGUUGUUAUGCAGGAUCGAUAAGUUGGAGUCUAUUGUCAAACCUUACGCCAAGCUCUGUAUUUCAGGGAUAUGGUAUGAUUCCACUUUGAAUCCAUACCAUUGAACUGAGCAUUGACUUAUUUAUCUCUCUAUCUCUCUCUCGAUUUUGUUCAACAAAGUUAAAAGAGACAAACAAACGGCACUGACUUUUGACAUUCAUUUGGUCUCUCUUUAGAUGGGGAAGGGCUCGUUUAAAUAUGCCUGGGUGCUGGACAAGCUGAAGGCAGAGAGGGAGCGAGGCAUCACCAUCGACAUCUCCCUGUGGAAGUUUGAGACUAGCAAGUACUACGUCACCAUCAUCGACGCCCCGGGACACAGGGACUUCAUCAAGAACAUGAUCACUGGCACCUCUCAGGUAUGGGCUGCAGACACUACCGUAUCCAUCUGUCACUAAACAUGGACCCUGACUAAAAGUUUAGCCAUGGGCCUUUUUAUUUGGUACAUAUGGGCCCCAAAACUAGAAGAAAGAAGAGCAUGAAUCAUAUUAAACAUGUCUUCUUUACUCUUAGAAAACAAAACCUUUGACCAGGAUUACGUUGGCUACUCUGAAAAUCAAACCGUUAUUCCCGGAAUCCAUAAAUGGCACCAUUUCAUUUUUGUAUUAUGUUUGCUAGAAGAAAUUGCUUAUUUUUUCAUGUAACACUUUAUGCUUUCAAAACUGCUUUCAAAUGCAAACAAAAUUAAACGUCAUGGUCGCUCCCCGUCUCCUUCUCGCCACAGGCGGACUGUGCCGUGCUCAUCGUGGCGGCGGGCGUGGGCGAGUUCGAGGCGGGCAUCUCCAAGAAUGGGCAAACCCGCGAGCAUGCCCUUCUGGCCUACACCCUAGGGGUCAAGCAGCUGAUCGUAGGGGUCAACAAGAUGGACUCCACCGAGCCCAACUACAGCCAGAAACGCUAUGAGGAGAUUGUGAAGGAAGUCAGCACCUAUAUUAAGAAGAUUGGUUACAACCCGGAUACGGUGGCCUUCGUUCCCAUCUCUGGCUGGAAUGGGGACAAUAUGCUGGAGGCUAGCCCUAACGUUAGUAUUCUUCUUCUUCUACUUAUCUUUUUCCAAGGCAGGGUGACACUUUAUAUUCCUAGGACGCCACCUUAUUACACAAUAGAGUUGCAGAUGCAGUCGUGCACACCUCCACUGAAUUACACUGCCCAAUUAGUAUAACUGCAAUUGGAUGAAAAGGUUAGUUUUACAAGGUGUGUUAAUGCAUAUUACUUAUGUAGGCCAUAACGCUUAAGUUAUGCUUGUUCCUAAUAUUUUGUCUGUUCCCUGUAGAUGACAUGGUUCAAAGGGUGGAAGAUCACCCGUAAAGACGGCAACGCCUCUGGAACCACCCUGCUGGAGGCCCUGGACGCCAUCCAGCCCCCCUCCCGCCCCACAGACAAACCCCUCCGCCUGCCACUACAGGACGUCUACAAGAUAGGAGGUGAGGCCCUGGGAGGUGGAGAUCACCUUACUGGGGAGGAGCUUGUGGGCCCCCCUGCCUUGCGGGGAGGGGCUACGCCAGUGGCUUUGGGUCAAUUCCAUUUAAAUGGUCAAUUUGGCUAGUGUGGUGCAAUGAAAGCCAAAGGGUUUUGAGUUGUUUUUCAGCUCUUACAUUAAUUUUAUUUUGAUGUUAUACCUUGCACUCAGUCUGUGAUUCAAUCCGGGCUGCGUUCGAUCCGCAAUCUAGCACGCUUGACAUUUUACGGGAAUUUACAAUUAAGCUGACAUCUGCAGCGUUGACCUUGAAUGCGAUCUCUGCGAACGCGGAAACAUUUCCAUUAAAAGCUACAAUGUCUACAAGUGCAAUCGGAUUGAAUCCUGGCCUCAGAGACUUGAAAGAUUGCCUAAAACCUUUCAUGCCUCUCACCUCCCUCUCUCCCAGGUAUUGGUACGGUCCCGGUGGGGCGGGUGGAGACGGGCAUGAUCAAGCCAGGCAUGGUGGUGACCUUUGCCCCCGUCAACGUGACCACAGAGGUCAAGUCAGUGGAGAUGCACCACGAGGCGCUAACCGAGGCCAUGCCCGGAGACAACGUGGGCUUUAACGUCAAGAAUGUGUCGGUAAAAGACAUACGGCGAGGGAACGUGGCUGGAGACAGCAAGAAUGACCCGCCGAUGGAGGCGGCCAACUUCACUGCACAGGUCUGGAUAGGAGAGUUAGCUGUGGAGAACAUUGUGUGUCUGGAUUGAAACAAGUCAUACAGACACCAAUUAACAUGCUGUUUUUGUGUGUGUCAUGAACACCAUUCACCACACUUUUUAAGAAGGAACAAAUAGCAUAGAGUCACAAAAAUGACAAGUGUGUGUGUUUCCUCCCUCCUCCCCCAGGUCAUCAUCCUGAACCACCCAGGUCAGAUCAGUGCCGGCUACGCCCCUGUGCUGGACUGCCACACGGCCCACAUCGCCUGUAAGUUCGCUGAGCUGAAGGAGAAGAUUGACCGGCGUUCAGGCAAGAAGCUGGAGGACAACCCCAAGGCCCUGAAGUCUGGCGACGCUGCCAUCGUUGACAUGGUCCCCGGGAAGCCCAUGUGUGUGGAGAGCUUCUCUGAGUACCCACCUCUUGGUAAGUGAUGUGUGUGUGUGUGUGUGUGUCCUCAACCCAGACCCCUAUUGGGGGACAGAUGACAUGUACCUUUGUCAUAUCGAUAUUACAGAACAUGCUCUGUUCAUGAGAUAAGAAGUUAUCCCGUCCUUCUUCAGUCUUGGUGCUUCUCGUCUAGAACUAAUCACAUUUUCCAUUUAGUGAAGUUGGGGCUGUUUUCAAAGUGCUACAGUUGAUCACAAAUGUCAUUGUAUCAUGUGUUAUAAAGCCUGCAAUAGACUGAAAUACGUUUAUAAUAAAGUCAUUACAAAUAUGACUUACAUUUGAUCAUUCUCUCCAUCCUCCCAGGGCGCUUUGCGGUGCGUGACAUGCGUCAGACGGUGGCGGUGGGCGUGAUCAAGGCAGUGGAGAAGAAGGCUCCGUCCACGGGCAAGGUCACCAAGUCGGCCCAGAAGGCCCAGAAGGUCAAAUGA